UCCUUCUCUCCCCCUCCCUGUUAUCACUCCUCCCUCUCCCAGGAUCCUAUCUGGCCUCUCCCACUGCAGUCUCUCUCCACCGGCCUCAGUCUCUGACCUUCAGCUAGCCUGGGACCAUGCAAGCCUGUCUGCCCAGGUCAUAUCUAACCCCGGUGAGAGAUGAGGAGGCAGAGUCUCAGAGGAAGGCCAGGUCUCGCCAGGCCAGGCAAACCCGCAGAUCCACACAGGGUGUGACCCUGUCUGAACUGAAGGAGGCUCAGAGGACCUACAGUCUGUCUCCUCUGGACAGAGACAGACGGACAGAGGGUGGAUGUAGCAGACUGACUGACAGGUCCUGUCUGCCGGGGAGAGGGUCUACGGAGGACAGAGGAGAGGCCAGCUCCAGCCUGGCCCAGUAUGUGGAGACAGAGGAUCACAGUCCUACAUGGAGCAGGGAGCUAGACGAGCUUGGAAAUCAUAGAUCAAGGCUGGAGACCAUGGAGGCAGAGUAUUCCACUGCAGGACCAGGGCUCAUAUCUCCCUCUGCCAGUGGGCUCUAUACCCUGCCUUUCUCCUCCAGCCUGGCCAUCCGCACAUUCUCCAAAGAAGUUGAAUGGAAAGAUGAAAACCAGAACCCCGUUGAGGAUCCCUCCAAACGUGGCCUCGCCACAAGAGAGAAACAUCUUUGCUUCUGUGACCAAGAGGCCGAUGAAACCUACCAGACUUUUAAGCAUGACAGGGCAUCAAGGUUGGACUCUGGUGGUGGGGACAGCAAGGCUGAACCACUGGGCAGAACCAGCUCCUACACACGGAGGGAGACCAGACUGGCAGCAUUGAACAAGCAAGAGGAUGACACCAGCCCCAGGGACUACAAGAAGAUGUAUGAAGACGCCUUGGCAGAGAAUGACAAGCUCAAGUCCCGGCUGGAUGACAGCAAACAUGAGCUGACCAAGAUCCGCUCCCAGCUGGACAAAGUCAACCAGAAACAGGACAGAAUAUCUGAAAGAUCCACUGUACUUGAAUCAGAAAAAAGGGAAAAACAGGCUCUGGAGAAGAGGGUAACAGACAUGGAGGAGGAGCUCAAGGUCUUGACAGAGCUCAAAUCAGACAACCAAAGACUGAAGGACGAGAACGGGGCUCUGAUUCGUGUCAUCAGCAAGUUGUCCAAGUAAAAGGGUGGUGCCCCCUGUAAAAAGUCAGACACUUCCCUGAUGCUUGCAACGUGUCACUAUCAUUAGCAUUCGGUACCCUCCCACCCUGACACUGAACCAUGGUGCUUAGUGACACCUACCUGCCAGCUGUUCUCAGAGGCAUGGUGAGGAACCUUCCAAAUCCGGAUGACCCCUGCCUCGACCCUUGACCUCUAUGCUCUUAGGCCCACUUCAUACCAGUAGGUCAAAGGUGUGAAGAGCACACAGCGUCCGCACAAAGAGAGUGUUGGUCUGGGGUACAGUAAACUGCCAAGCUCCAGACCAGCAAUCUAAACAAUAUCACAUCCACAUAUUUUACCUGUACAUCACAAACAUACUGUAUUUAUUUUGUGCUUCAUUGUGCACUGCAAAAACAACUUUAUUUUUCUCAAACUACUGAAAAAGCACUCAUAGGAAUUACUUUCAAUAAUCUUUCAUUGCAGUGAUAACAUUACACAUUGCCAUGAAUGCUUCUGAUGUGAGAUGUUGUGACUUGUUUAUGAUUCAUCUUUAUGGUUUGUAGUUCAAUUUCCGUCACAGACCCUUUUCUCUGAGCUGCUCAUCAGUGUGGUCUACUAUAGUCUCUGAGAUGUCAUACUUGUCACAUUUGUUAAGAUAUUUUAAUAAUUUAUUUAUGCAUUUUUUGGUUUAGAAUCUUUGAACCUAUACUCAACUAUAUUUGUACCGAUUAUAGUAUUAAUGUGUCCUAUUAAACCGUACCGUUGGAGCCCACAUAGUAACUUAUGUUGGAAGAUGGACAGCCUCUUUUUAUUUCAAGUGAAACAUGUACAUGAUUUGUAAUGCACAGGGAACAACAUACAAGGGCCUUCUUUAUGUGCCUUUCCUUAAAGACCAAUACAGCUAUCAGUCUAAUGAACUGUACGUAUAUUUAAAGACAGUAUUUUAUGUUGAAAUAACUUUACCAUGUAUGUAAAUGUUAUACGAGACCGAAAUACUGACAUUCUACUUGUACACACAGCUGUGGUUUGAUCACUUGCUUAAUAAACUAUAGAUGGUUAAAUAAUAAA